GAUUAAUAAGAGAUAUGGGAUUGCUUUGGAUUCUCGUUUCCCAGCUUCACUUCUUCUUGUUCUUGGACUUCUCUUCCUCCUCCUCCUCCUCCUCCUCCACCUCCCUCUUCAAGGAGUUAACCUCCUCAGGUGGACGAGGCUAGAUCUAAGAUUACUGGGUUUGGCUCCUUUUAGCUCGAUUGGGUGAAGAUGUCUUCCUCUAGGCCAAGCCACUCCUCGUCCAGUUCUGUGAGAUCAAGACACAGUGCUAGGAUUAUUGCUCAGACCACUGUAGAUGCAAAGCUACAUGCAGAGUUUGAGGAGUCAGGCAGUUCAUUUGACUACUCGAACUCAGUGCGUGUUACCAAUUCAGUUGGAGAUCAACUGCCAAGGUCAGACAAAGUAACCUCAGCUUAUCUUCAUCAAAUCCAAAAAGGAAAACUCAUCCAGCCUUUUGGCUGCUUACUAGCCUUGGAUGAGAAAACUUUCAAGGUUAUUGCAUAUAGUGAGAAUGCCCCUGAAAUGUUGACAACAGUUAGCCAUGCAGUCCCAAGUGUCGGGGAUCAGCUAGUUCUUGGAAUUGGAACUGACAUAAGGACUAUCUUUACUGCACCCAGUGCAUCUGCAUUGCAGAAAGCUCUGGGGUUUGGAGAUGUCUCUCUUUUGAAUCCAAUAUUAGUUCACUGCAAGACUUCUGGGAAGCCUUUUUAUGCUAUUGUCCAUCGGGUAACUGGUAGCUUCAUAGUUGACUUUGAACCAGUGAAGCCUUAUGAGGUCCCUAUGACAGCUGCUGGGGCCCUGCAGUCAUACAAGCUUGCUGCUAAAGCAAUUACCCGGUUGCAGUCGCUGCCGAGUGGGAGCAUGGAAAGGCUUUGUGAUACAAUGGUUCAGGAGGUGUUUGAGCUCACUGGUUAUGAUAGGGUGAUGACCUAUAAAUUUCAUGAUGAUGACCAUGGGGAAGUUAUCUCUGAGAUUACAAAGCCUGGUUUGGAGCCAUAUUUGGGUCUGCAUUAUCCAGCCACUGAUAUCCCUCAGUCUGCACGCUUUCUAUUUAUGAAGAAUAAGGUUCGCAUGAUUGUUGAUUGUCGUGCAAAACAGGUCAAGGUGCUUCAAGAUGAGAAGCUUCCAUUUGAUCUGACUUUGUGUGGCUCAACCCUAAGGGCCCCACACAGUUGCCAUUUACAAUAUAUGGAGAACAUGGAUUCCAUUGCUUCACUGGUUAUGGCAGUUGUAAUCAAUGAGGGGGAUGAAGAUGAUGACAGUCCUACUUCUGUGCAAACACAAAAAAGAAAGAGACUUUGGGGUUUAGUGGUGUGCCAUAAUACAACUCCAAGGUUUGUUCCAUUCCCUCUAAGGUAUGCUUGUGAGUUUCUAGUUCAAGUAUUUGCUAUCCAUGUUAACAAGGAAUUGGAAUUAGAAAAUCAGAUUGUUGAAAAGAAUAUCCUGCGCACCCAGACACUCUUAUGUGAUAUGUUGAUGCGAGAUGCACCCUUGGGUAUUAUUGUACAGAGUCCUAACAUAAUGGACCUUGUGAAGUGUGAUGGGGCUGCACUAUUGUACAAGAACAAGAUAUGGAGAUUGGGAGCAACUCCUAGUGAUCUCCAAAUUGAAGAUAUAGCUGUAUGGCUAUCAGAGUACCAUAUGGAUUCUACAGGUUUGAGUACAGAUAGCUUGUAUGAUGCAGGUUACCCAGCCGCUCUGGCUCUUGGUGAUGUAGUUUGUGGAAUGGCAGCUGUGAGAAUAACUUCCAAGGACAUGCUCUUUUGGUUUCGUUGCCAAACUGCAGCAGAAAUUCGAUGGGGUGGAGCAAAACAUGAACCUGGUGAGAAGGAUGAUGGUAGGAGGAUGCACCCAAGAUCGUCUUUCAAAGCCUUUCUUGAAGUUUCCAAGACAAGGAGUUUGCCUUGGAAGGACUAUGAAAUGGACGCAAUCCAUUCUUUACAGCUUAUACUGAGGAAUGCUUUCAAAGACAUAGAAUCAGUGGAUAUGCAUACCAAAACAAUUCAUUCAAGACUCAGUGACCUCAAAAUUGAAGGGAUGCAAGAACUGGAAGCAGUGACUAGUGAGAUGGUUCGUUUAAUUGAAACAGCGACAGUGCCAAUUUUGGCUGUGGAUGUUGAUGGGCUUGUUAACGGGUGGAACACGAAAAUUGCUGACUUGACAGGUCUUCCUGUUGAUAAAGCAAUUGGGAAGCAUUUACUAACACUUGUGGAAGAAAGUUCAUUUGACAUAGUGAAAAAUAUGCUGUUCUUGGCGUUGCAAGGCAAGGAGGAGCGAAAUGUUCAAUUUGAUAUUAAAACACAUGGCUCCAAGGCUGAAGAUGGCCCCAUCAGCCUAAUUGCUAAUGCUUGCUCAAGCAGGGACAUUAAUGAAAAUGUUGUUGGGGUGUGUUUUGUGGCUCAAGAUAUCACAAGCCAGAAGACAGUUAUGGACAAGUUCACCCGGAUUGAAGGUGAUUACAAAGCAAUUGUACAGAACCCAAACCCGUUGAUCCCACCAAUAUUUGGUACAGAUGAAUUUGGCUGGUGCUCUGAGUGGAAUCCAGCUAUGACAAAACUGACUGGAUGGAAGCGAGAAGAAGUAAUAGACAAGAUGCUUUUGGGGGAGGUUUUUGGUAUCAACAUGGCUUGUUGUCGUCUCAAGAAUCAAGAAGCCUUUCUAAAUCUUGGUAUUGUACUUAAUAAUGCCAUGACUGGUGCGGAACCUGAGAAGGUUUCUUUCAGUUUCUCUGCUCGGAAUGGGAACUAUGUGGAAUGCCUGCUAUGUGUGAGUAAGAAAUUGGACAGAGAGGGUGCUGCUACUGGGGUCUUUUGCUUCCUGCAACUUGCAAGCCUAGAGCUGCAACAGGCCCUUCAUAUCCAGCGAUUGUCAGAGCAAACUGCUUUGAAAAGAUUGAAAACAUUAGCUUAUAUAAAAAGGCAGAUCAGGAAUCCUCUCUCUGGGAUUAUAUUUUCUCGAAAAAUGAUGGAGGCCACUGAGUUGGAUGCAGAACAAAACCAGCUUCUGCAGACCAGUGCCCAGUGUCAGCGUCAACUUGGCAAAAUUCUUGAUGACUCUGAUCUUGAUAGCAUUAUUGAAGGCUACUUGGAUCUGGAAAUGGUCGAGUUUACGCUCCGCGAAAUACUAGUUGCCUCCAUCAGUCAAGUCAAAAUGAAGAGCGAAGGGAAAGGUAUUCAGGUAAGCCAUGAUGCAUCAGAAGAAAUCAUGACUGAGAUCUUGUACGGCGAUAGCCUUAGGCUUCAACAGGUGCUGUCUGACUUCUUACUGGUGUCGGUUAACUAUACACCAACUGGAGGCCAGCUAAUUAUUGCAACUAACUUGACCAAGGACCAGUUAGGACAAUCUGUUCAGCUUGUGCAUCUGGAACUCAGGAUUACACAUACUGGUGGUGGGAUACCUGAAACAUUACUAAACCAAAUGUUCGGUAGUGAUGUUGAUGCGUCUGAUGAGGGCAUCAGCCUGCUUAUCAGCCGAAAACUGGUGAAGCACAUGAGUGGAGAUGUACUGUACUUGAGGGAAGCAGGACAGUCGAGUUUUAUUAUAUCAGCUGAACUUGCAGCUGGCUGUAAACCAAAAUCUUAACCAACUUUGAAAGAAUGGGCAAUCUGUUGUGUAUAGAGACUGAAGAAUUAGGAGUUGGAUUUUGUCGAUUUGCGAUGACACGUAGUUCUUCAUUUGUUCUCAUCUACACCUAAUUUGCCUUUGCUCUCAAGUUGUAAAUAUUAAUGGCAAUGUCAUUACUGUUUUAUGAAUGUUUA